AUGGCCAAGAAAAAGUCAAAAAUCGCGUCUAAUCGAGGAUAUGCAACCGUGUCAGCACCCUCCAAAAAAGUUGAACCCGUUACGCCCGUGGAAGAAAUUCAAAGUGCCGAUCCCGAGCCUGAACAUCCCUUUGAUACAGUUGUGAUUCCUGAAAAAUCUGUAGACAACAAACAGGAUCUCGAAGAUCAAGAUCCUGUUUCAAAGUUUAUGAAAAAGUACGAAUCCUUGAAUGAUCAUAAAGCACAAGCUGCAUUCGAUCGUUUGCUGAAGGACGAUCCCCAACAACAAAAUAUACCUGAUGAACGUAUCAAGAAGUUUCGAUUGACGGCUGACGUAGAAAAGGAUUUAUUACAGGUUAUUAAGCAUAAAGAUAGCGAUAUAUUCGGUGCUUUCAAUCAACCGCUGACGAAUAGCUCAAACGAGUACGAAAAGGAAAAGAUCAUUAGUCAGUUUGACAUCUUGUACAGAACUUUGAAUAAGCUAGGCUUUGCGAUUGAAGACAUUUCAGAAUCUUUCGAAGCAACUUUAUCGAAAUCAAUUGACGAUCAUUUAGAUUGGCUCUGUGUUCACGUACCUUAUGAAAGAAUGCCUAUCGGUUUCUUUGACAAGUACUUUAACGAAGACGAGAACGAGCAUCUAGUAUUGUUACAUAACGCCAGAAAUAAAGAUACAACAAAAGUGAUUGAGCCUAUUGUUGAAGAAGAUAAGCAGGUUUUGAUGAAGGAGGAAAACAAAGUCGAUGCUAAAAACGAACUCGAUGCUAAAAUCAAAGCCGAUGCUAAAAUCAAAGCCGACGCUAAAAAACAAGCAGAGGAUAUCAAAUCUCGCGUCUUACAAGCUGCGCAACAAUACAUGGAUGAAGAAGAAGAGGAUAUUAACGAAAAACAUGCACUUGCCAAAAUGCAACUAGCUGAGCUAGAGAAAUUUCUCCCCCGAGAUAAACAUGGCGGCAAAAAAAUCAAGAAAGCAAAGGAAACAAUUGAAACACCUGCGCUAUCGGAUGCAGAAAUGAUGAAACUUAAAAAGGAUAUCAAAAAGAUCAAGGAAAAAUUGUCUAGUUUGGAAGCAGAUUGGGAUUUCGAUAAAAAGAAAGCAGAGGAAUUAUACGCCAAGAAGAAGGAAAUCAUUGAUCAAGAGAUUAGACAAAAGCAAAUGGAAGAAAGGGCUGAAAUGAAAAAAAUGCAGGAAGAAAAGAAGGAGGAUGAGGUCCCCGAGACAGAGGAAGAUGAUGACGAUGAUGAAGGAGGGUUAUUUGGUGGAUUGAUGAUGGAUGAAGAACAAAGUAAUACACCUGCCACUGCCACCACCACUACCCCUAUUCAGUGGAAUAUCGUUGAUUUAACCGUACCUAAAUCAUGGAUGGGAAGAUAUCCUAAGGACUUGCUUUUGGAUUUUUGCAACAAGCAAAAAUUUGGGAAACAGAAUUAUCAUUCCACUACGGUUUCCGCUGGCAUUUGGCGAUCAUCACUGAAAAUUGUGAAAGAUGGAUAUAGUAGUAUUCCCCUAACCUUUGAAUUACCUCAAGACCUUUGUGCUUCCAAUAGACAUGACGCGGAACAGUUAAUGGCAUUGUAUACUUUGUUUGAAUUGGAGUCAAACUCUUCCGUUUUUAAAGUGCUACCAAAUGUUUAUAAAGAUCUAUGGACAACUUGGUUAGAGGAUAAGAACAUUAGAGAAAGUGCGCCUAAACUUGAAGCCGAUAAAAAGAGAUUGUCUUUCCUCAUCGAUUUAGUAGAUAAAUCGUUCAGCAAAUCGAGCAGCAGAAACAAUUCUUGUAGUUUUGCUAGCCUUGAUGCUAUCACCAGUGAAAAUGCUGUAAUCGCAUCUAAGCAGAAGGUUUUAAAACAUAAAAACAUGUUUACUCGAGUUCAAGAAAACUUUAAAUCUCGUUUGGGGAACAAGGAUUAUAUUUCCAUGAAGAAUAAGAGACACGAUUUACCAAUUACAGCUUAUCGUGAAGAAAUUUUAGAAAUCAUGAGAAACCAUCAAGUCUUGAUUAUUUCGGGUGAAACUGGUUGCGGUAAGAGUACACAAGUCCCCCAAUUUUUGGCUGAGGAUCUUUUAUUGGGAUCGACAGAAGGAGGAUCUGUAGUAUGUACUCAGCCCCGUCGUAUUUCAGCCAUGUCGAUUGCAAACCGGGUGUCAACUGAAAUGGGUGAUCGCCCCAGAUCGACAGGUAGUCGUGAUGCCAUGGUGGGUUACCAAAUUAGGUUGGAAAGUAAAAUGUCUGCUGAGAAUGUAUUGCUAUUCUGUACCACGGGUAUUCUCCUGCGUCGAUUAGAAAGUGACAAAUACUUGGAUGGCGUAACGCACGUUGUCGUAGAUGAGGUACAUGAACGUACUAUUGAGAGUGACUUUUUGCUCAUUAUCUUGAGAAAGUUAUUGGUUAUCCGUACUGACCUCAAGAUUAUAUUAAUGAGUGCUACAGUAGAAGCCAGUCGAUUUUCAGAUUAUUUUGGAAACUGUCCUGUCGUUUCCGUCCCUGGUCGAACAUACCCUGUUCAUGUUCAAUACCUUGAUGAUGUUUUGGAAGAUACGGGUUAUGUUCUAGAAGAAGAUUCGCCGUUUGCUGUGCGACGCGUGAAAGUUAAAACUGAAGUUGGAAACAUCAAUGUUUCAGGCCAAAGUGGAUCUUCGAAAAAUGUUCAUUACGAGAUGUUUGAAGAAGAUUCUGAUGAUGAUGACCCAUAUGACCCCACUCGCAUUGAAUCUAAGCUUCAUAUUAUCGAGAACCCAGAUCAGGAAGACGAUACUUUACCUGCUGAACCUACAGCUAGAAAAUACAGUCGACAAACUCGAAAGAUGAUUAAACGAAUGGAUGAAAAAAAAAUUAAUUACGACUUGAUCUUGGAGUUAUUGGACUAUAUUUGUAUACCCAAGAAAUCACAAACGGAUGCUGAGGCUGAUAAAACUCACGAAAUGCAAUUAAAGGGAUUCAACAUCCCCGAUAAGGGUGCCAUUUUGGUCUUCUUACCUGGUAUGAACGAAAUCCGUAAAAUUUAUGAUUUGGUGUCCAGUCAUAGUGUGUUUGGAGACCCUGGAAAGUUUUUGUUGAUUGCUCUUCACUCAGCGCUAUCUUCUGAAAACCAAGAAAAGGCAUUUGAUGUACCUCCGGAAGGUGUCAGGAAAAUUGUCUUUUCAACUAAUAUCGCUGAAACAGGUGUAACCAUUAGUGAUGUAACCAUCGUUAUUGACACUGGUAUGGCAAAGGUUGUAAGCUAUGACGAUAAAAAGCGUGUUACCCGACUGCUUCAAAAGUAUGUGGCAAAGGCAAAUGCACGUCAAAGAAGAGGUCGUGCUGGUCGUGUUCAGGAAGGUGUAUGCUUCCAUUUAUUUACACAGCAACGCUACGAAGAGAUGGCAAACUAUGAAACUCCAGAAAUUCUCCGCUUACCGCUGGAAGAACUUUGUCUCAGAAUUAAGGUGUGUGGCCUUGGUGCUAUUAGAGAUGUUCUUGGAGCAGCAUUAGAUCCACCCACCCAAAAAAUGAUCGAAAAUGCAAUUCUAACAUUACAAGAGGUACAAGCACUAUCGGUGGAUGGUAAUGAAUCCCUUACUCCUCUUGGUGCACAUUUAUCAAACUUACCCGUUGAUGUACAUAUUGGUAAAAUGAUUCUCUUUGGUGCUAUUUUUAAAUGCCUCGACCCAGUCUUGACAAUUGCAGCAGCGCUUAGUUUUAAGAGCCCCUUUGUUCGCCCUUUUGGUAAAGAAGAUGAAGCAGAUGCAGCACGCGCACGUUUCCGUGUCUAUAACUCCGAUUUCUUGACCAUCUACAAAGCAUAUGAUAUUUGGCGUGAAAAUUAUUUAGAAGCUAAAGAAAACAACAUCAGCAACAGCAGUUUGAUUCGUAAAAUGCGCACCUUUUGCCAAAAAAAUUUCCUGAGUCAACAAAACCUGGAAAUGAUUGAAGAUAUGAAGAGACAAUACCUGGGACUUUUGAUCAGUAUCGGAUUUGUAAAGACUAAUGAAAAACCUGAUAUUAAUCGGUACGAGGUGAAACGCUCUGUAAUACAGUUAUGCACAGUGCCUGAGGUAUACAAUGAGCACGCGUCUUCCAUUCCUGUUGUAAACGCCGCACUUACGGCAGGUCUUUAUCCUAAGAUCGCAGAAUACUUGAGACAAUCAUCACAAAUUGUAAACAAAAGCAUGGAGUUACAUAUUCAUCCCUCAUCAAUGAUGUUUGGAACAAGGAAGUCUUUAUUGUCUGAUUUCUUGAUUUAUAAUACUGUGGUAAUGAAUAACAACAACAAUCAAAUGAAAGAUAAGGUCUACAUGUGGGAAACAUCCUCAAUUGAUGCAGUUGCCGUUGUUUUACUCGCUACUGAAAUCGAUAUUAAGUACAAGCAAAGGAAGAUGGUUUUGGAUAACUGGAUCUAUUUUGAUUGCUUUGCUAGAACAGCUGUGCUUUUAAAGUUUUUACGUAAACAACUGGUAACGUGUGAAACCAUCAUGAUUGGAAAUGGCAGUUAUUAA